AUGACAACACACUCAGAGCCCUCAUCUCAGUCAAGCUCGAGUGCUCAGUCAUCGCCCAUCUUGAAGAAAGAAGGACGAACUCAAUUAUUUGAGUUUAGCGUGAGUUUAGACGAUUCAACAAUUACAAAAGAUGUCAAUAUGGCACCUACAAAGCGUGAAACAGAUUCAAUGCCAUUAGGUCAUGUGAAACUUGAUCCUAUUGCGUUACCACCUCUUCUAAAAAAGAAGAGACAAGAACCGUUAGUAUUUCGACCAUUUUCUUCAUUUUCUGCACUCGAAUUAACCGUGAAAUCACUCAAUCUAUACCUUUCCAAUACAAUGACGGAAAGAAAAUAA